CGUCUUUCUCUUUGCAGGCGAGCUCCCUUCACGACGACAACCACAACCCGACACCCAACAAGCCCAGCUGUUGUGCGCAAACCAUCAAAAUGGCGAUCAAGCACAACCAGACCAUUGUCAAGAACCACUUCCGCAAGGAUUGGCAGCGUCGGGUCCGAACCCACUUCGACCAGCCCGGCAAGAAGGUCUCGCGCAGGAAUGCCCGUCAGGCCAAGGCUGCCGCCGUCGCCCCCCGCCCCAUCGACAAGCUCCGACCCGUUGUGCGAUGCCCCACCAUCAAGUACAACCGCCGUGUCCGUGCCGGCCGUGGUUUCACCCUGGCUGAGCUGAAGGCCGCCGGCAUCCCCCGCCAGUACGCCCCCACCAUCGGCAUCGCCGUCGACGCCCGCCGCCAGAACCUCUCCGAGGAGUCCCUGGCCACCAACGUCCAGCGCCUCAAGGCCUACAAGGAGCGCCUGAUCCUCUUCCCCAAGAAGAGCAACAAGCCCAAGAAGGGCGACUCCUCCAAGGAGGAGCUCAAGGCCGCCUCCUCCGCCGCCCCCGUCGCGGCCGCCGCCUUCCCCAUCGUCCACGCCGACACCACCAUCAAGGCCAUCAAGAAGUCCGAGUUCCCCGCCCCCGUCGAGGGCGGCGCCUACCGCAAGCUGCGCAACGAGCGCGCCAACAAGCGCAACCAGGGCGCCCGCGAGAAGCGCGCCCGCGAGGCCGCCGAGGCCGAGGCCGACAAGAAGAAAUAAGCGACCAGCUGAAGCCGCAGGUCCAGCAUGCUCUCGCUUGUUGUCGUUGUCGUCUUGGAAGGUGGUGUUCGGGCGGGUUGAGCAAGGGUUAUUUGCUUCGACAUCUGGUACUCUGUCUCUGGUCUUUGGGUUGGUCUCUGGGUUUCUGCGUCAGUCAGGGUUGCAUUACAACUGCCACAAAGGCAAGGGGGUUUGGUCAUGAUACAAACAAAAAGCACAAUCUUCUUUUGAACUGCUGGGUCCAUGAUGGAAAUGUGAGCCGGGAAGAAAAUAAAAGAUUUGAUCCUCGGGCUUCGAUGGAUACCCCCCCACACACCCAACAGACACCCGAGACCGGAAACAGCAGCUCAUCGUAGGACACAAUCGAGUCAGGCAGGAAAUGCAAGCUUGUGAACACAUGUUUAUGAAGAUGGACCGGUGGAAAGAGUGCAUGUCUAUCUGUUGUAGUUGACCUUCCCGUGCGUGAGAUGCCCACAGCUUACGACCCAUGUACGGUGGUCAAGAACAUCCGGACGCGAGCCCCCUUCAGGCACCAGCACCCUCCCCCCUCGAGUUCAACACCAACUCCCCGCCCGUGACCACAAGCCUCUCGUAGACCGCCCUCCUCGCCUGGUCAACCGCCCCAGCGCCCGCCGCCGCCCCGCCAUCCCUCACCAGCUCAGCAACAAGGCACAGCGCGUUCUCCCGGUCGACACGCGCCAUACCGGCCCUCGCAACAGGAUCCGCCUGCCGCGGCUGCAGGUCCCCAAGGCCCAGCCCUUCCAUCCCGAGGCUCACACCAUCGCCGCCGGCCUGGGCCUGGGCCGCCCCGACGCUGUUGCUGAGCACAUCCUCCACGGCGCCGGCGUCCCCACCACCAGGCGACGGCGACGACGCCGCGAGCAGCAGGUCGUCCCCGUCCGAGACGUCCUGCCGCCCCGUGACGGCCUCGACCAGGGCGCGGCACGCGC